CACUUGGGGCAGGGACGCAAGCAUCUCGCCAUUAUAUCCAGUAUCUCUGAUUUAGCACAAGCGCAUUUCAGAUGAAUGCUGCAUUGUGGGAUUGGAUGCUAUUGACAUAGCGACAGGAUUGUUGAUUGAAGAACAGUCUUGUUUUCAUCAAUAACUUUGGGGAAUUUGUCAUUUCAGCAGCUGCCAUGAACGGGUCAGUGGCCAAAAAGACCCAAGACACUUUAGGGAGAGUUAUAAAGAAACCGCCGCUUACUGAAAAACUGCUCAGCAAACCGCCGUUUAGGUAUCUGCACGACAUAUUCAGUGAGGUGAUUCGGACCACUGGCUUCAUGAAGGGACUCUAUGCAGAGACUGAGAUGAAGUCAGACAAUGUCAAGGAUAAGGAUGCUAAGAUAGCGUUCCUGCAGAAGGCCCUAGAUGUGGUGAUGCUGGUGAACGGCGAGCCCCUCUCGGUCAAGCCAGCGCGCAUUGUAGCCGGCCAUGAGCCUGAGAGGACCAACGAGCUGCUACAGGCCAUCGCCAAGUGCUGCCUCAACAAGCUGUCCAGUGAGGAGGCGGUGAAGCGGGUGCUGGCCGGGGACAAGCUGGACCCCAAGGGGAAGGCCAGCUCCUCCCGGUCCCAGGACAAGGAGAACAGGGAGGGACGAGAGCGCCAACGAGACCAAGUGGAGAAGGCGAUCCGAGAGCACAGCGCCGGGGGUUGGGAGCAGAAGGACCCAGACCUGCCCAAAGAGCAAGAGGGCAGACGGGGCGACAAGGAAAAGGAGCGCCACCGCGAGAGAGAAAGGUCAAAAAAGAGCCGCGAUCGAGACCGUACCAAAGACCGUGGCAAGGACAAGAGCCGGGACCGAGAGUGGGACAAAGACAAUGAAAGAGAGAAAGACCGAGAACGAGACAAGGAGAGUGAGAGGGACAGAGACAGAGACAGGGAAAAGAGCAAAGACAAGGAGUCGCACAGAGGGAGAGAUCGAGAGAGGGAUAAGGAGAAAAAUUUAGACCGGGAUAAACGGCGAGAGAAGGAGAGAGAGCUCAGACACAAACAGGGGGAGGAGAAAACCAAAGUGCCAGAGAAGGGUGACAAAAAGGCCAGAGUGUCAGAGGACACAAAACACAGACCACAUCAAGAGGAGCCCAGUAAAACUGCCAAACCUGAACCAGCGAACGACCCAGCAUUUGGUCACCAUUGUGCGGGGGAGGGUUCUCUUACAAAUGAGAAAGAACGGAAGACAUUGCUGGACACCUGUUCUGGACAGAUUUCUGACAGUCCAGCCAGAAUACCUCGGCCUUCAUCUGCCAAGGGGCAGAGGCGCUGGCCCAAAGCAGGAGCCCAACAAGAAGAGUUUGACAGUGAAGAUGGAGACACUCCGUUGGCACAGAGGCCGGUUCCCCUGGAGAACGGAGAUGCCACAGACGCAGUGCCAGCCCACAUGGCCCACAGGAGGAUACCUCGGCCCAGCAGCGCCCGGCCCGCCCCUCCUCGGGUCAAGAGGCAGGAGAGCUACACUGACGUGACCCCAGCUGAAAGGCUGACCAGUGCCAAGCCCCCGGCGGCCGUCAUCACGGAGGGGAAGAAGCUUUCUGAGGAUGAAGAUGAACAGUUUGUGGUGUUGGAGGCUGCCCCUCUUCGCCCCGACAUGCCCGAGAUGGAGCCAACAGUGGAUCUCCAAGGCGAUGAGAAUCAUGGUGGGCUGGUGAAAAAAAUCCUUGAAACCAAGAAAGACUUUGAAACAUCACCAUCAUCUCCAAAGUCCCAAGACCAGACCCAGAGCCUGGUGUCGGAGGUGUCCAGGAAGAAGGAGCGGGACCUGGUGUCUAGGGAGAUUGAGCGGCUGCGCUCGUCCAUCCAGACGGUGUGCCGCAGCGCCUUGCCCCUAGGCAAGAUCAUGGAUUACAUCCAGGAGGACAUGGACGCCAUGCAGAAAGAGCUGCACACCUGGAGGAGGGAGAACAAGGAACAUGGGCAGGCCCUGCUGCAUGAACAGAGAGUGACGGACAGCGCGGUGGAGCCUCUGAAGGCCGAGCUAGCCGAGCUUGAGCAGUUGAUCAAGGAGCAGCAGGACACGAUCUGCGCCGUCAAGUCCAACAUCCUGAAGAAUGAGGACAAGAUCCAGAAGAUGGUAACCAGCAUCAACUUCUCCUCGCGAAUAUGAGGGGGAGCCAAGGUCCAAAUAAAGGAUUAUCGCCCUUAAAAAAGGACCGAGCGUUCAGGGUGAGCCUGGUUCUUACUUAGUCUGGUGAAGUCCGAAAUGGAGGCCUCAACUGCACUUUUACACACACACCCACACUGACUGACUGGUUAGGGAGGGUUCGAGGUUUCGAAAUCAACCCCCUAGGGAGGGAGAGAGACGCAUGUUAUUUUGCUAGUGCUCCAUCCACUUUAAGGUGAUUGACACACCUUUACUACACUGAACAAAAAUAUAAACGCAACAAGUAUAGUGUUGAAUCCCAUGUUUCAUUAAAUUAAAUUAUCCAUACGAACUAAUAGCUUGGUUCUCUCAAAUGUUAUGCACAAAUUUGUUUAGAUCCCUGUUAGUGUGCAUUUCUUCUUUUCUCCUCCAUUUCUCCAACCACAUUACAGGUGUGGCAUAUCAAGAGGCUGAUUAAACAGCAUGAUUAUUACACAGGUGCACCUUGUGCUGUGGACAAUAAUAAGCCACUUUAAAAUGUGCAGGAUUGUCACACAACACAAUGCCAGAAAUGUCUCUACUUUUAAGGGAGCGUGCAAUUGGCAUGCUGACUGCAGGAAUGCCCACCAGAGCUGUUGCCAGAGAAUUUAAUGUAAAUUUCUCUACCAUAAUCUGCCUCUAACAGUUCUUCCAAACAGUCUCACAACUGCAGAACACGUGUAACCAUGCCAGCCCAGGACCUGCACAUCUGGCUUCUUCACCUGCGGGAUUGUCUGAGGAGGGGUGGGAGGGGUGCUGAGAAGUAUUACUGUCUGUGUUAAAGCUUUUUUGUGGUGAAGAAUCAUUCUGAUUCGCUGGGCCUGGCUCCCCGAUGGGUGUGUCUAUGCCCCCUCAGUCCCACCCAUGGCUGCAACUCUGCCAAGUCAUGUGAAAUCCAUUGAUUUGGGGAUAAUGAACUGUGACUUAGUCAAAUCUUUGAAAUUGUUACAUGUUGCGUUUUUAUAUUUUUGGUCCGUAUAGUUUAGUGUUUUUUGACAUUACAAUGUAUAUGCGUUGUGGGAAUUAAGGCUUGACAUUGGACUUCUUUUACAGCUUCAAGCAAAGGGCACACGGACCAAGCCAAUACCCUCCACAUCUACUUGAUAUACAUUUGAUACAGACAUCUGUCAUUUUUUAACAUGUCUGUCUAUUAACAAUUCUGUUUACCUGAAGCUUCUUCAAAGCCUGAACAAAGCAAUAGAUAUUAGGUUUGCUGAGGAGCUAGGAACGCCACGAGCAGAAGACAUGGCAGUCCUUUGACUCUUCCUUCUGUCAACCACUAUGCUUGUCCCAGAUCUGUUCUGGCCAAGGUCAGCAAGACAUCAAAAACAGGCCUGGUAUCAGGCUAGUCGAGCACCACUGUGCUUUGAGAAAUUGGGUUAGUAUAGAACUGUGUCCACUCAUUGAAAGAGUAGCAUUGGAGUUAAAAGUAACAUGACACUUUCAUAGAUAAAAAAUACGUAAAUAUAUAUAUACACUACCGGUCAUACUCAUUCAAGGGUUUUAAAUGUUUUUUUUAACCAUAAUAAUAGUGAAGACAUCAAAACUAUGAAAUAACACCUAUGGAAUCAUGUAGAAACCAAAAAAGUAAUAUAAUAUAUUUGAGAUUCUUCAAAUAGCCACCCUUUGCCUUGAUGACAGAUUUGCACACUCUUGGCAUUCUCUCAACCAGCUUCACCUGGAAUGUUUUUCCAACCGUCUUGAAGGAGUUCCCACAUAUGCUGAGCACUUGUCUGCUUUUCCUUCACUCUGCGGUCCAACUCAUCCAAAACCAUCUCAAUUUGGUUGAGCUCGGGGGAUUGUGAAGGCCAGGUGACCUGAUGCAUCACUCUCAUUCUUGGUCAAAUAGCCCUAACACAGCUUGGAGGUGUGUUGGGUUAUUGUCCUGUUGAAAAACAAAUGAUAGUCCCACUAAUCCCAAACCAGAUGGGAUGGCGUAUCGCUGCAGAAUGCUGUGGUAGCCAUGCUGGUUAAGUGUGCCUUGAAUUCUAAAUAAAUCACAGACAGUUUCAUCAGCAAAGCACCCUGUUAAGGUUAGUUUCUUUGUUCCUUGUCAAUCAUUGUCUCAUUGGUUAAAUUAGCAUUGUGACAAUAUCUUCAAUUACAUCAUUCAAAAACCUUUAUUAAUUAAAUUGCAGACAUAAGUUGACAACAGGAACAUAACGCAUGUUUACAAGUAAGUUCUGCAUCAAAUAAAAUGUCCCAAGUUAUUUUAAGUCCAGCCCUAGUGAUGUCACUGCCUACGUCAUUAUCUUCUACAGUUGUGGCCAAAAGUUUUGAGAAUGACACAAAUAUUAAUUUUCACAACGUUUGCUUCUUCAGUGUCUUUAGAUAUUUUUGUCAGAUGUUACUUUGGAAUACUGAACUCUAAUUACAAGCAUUUCAGAAGUGUCAAAAGCUUUUAUUGACAAUUACAUGAAGUUGAUGCAAAGAGUCAAUAUUUGCAGUGUUGACCCUUCUUUUUCAAGACCUUUGCAAUCUGCCCUGGCAUGAUUUCAAUUAACUUCUGGGCCACAUCCUGACUGAUGGCAUUCUUGCAUAAUCAAUGCUUGGAGUUUGUCUGAAUUUGUGGGUUUUUGUUUAUCCACCCGCCUCUUGAGGAUUGACCACAAGUUCUCAAUGGGAUUAAGGUCUGGGAGAUUCCUGGCCAUGGACCCAAAAUAUUGAUGUUUUGUUACCCGAGCCACUUAUCACUUUUGCCUUAUAGCAAGGUGCUCCAUCAUGCUGGAAAAGGCAUUGUUCGUCACCAAACCGUUCUUGGAUGGUUGGGAGAAGUUGCUCUCGGAGGAUGUGUUGGUACCAUUCUUUAUUCAUGGCUGUGUUCUUAAGCAAAAUUGUGAGUGAGCCCACUCCCUUGGCUGAGAAGCAACCCCACACGUGAAUGGUCUCAGGAUGCCUUACUGUUGGCAUGACACAGGACUGAUGGUAGCGCUCACCUUGUCUUCUCCGGAUAAGCUUUUUUCCGGAUGCCCCAAACAAUCGGAAAGGGGAUUCAUCAGAGAAAAUGACUUUACCCCAGUCCUCAGCAGUCCAAUCCCUGUACCUUUUACAGAAUAUCAGUCUGUCCCUGAUGUUUUUCCUCGAGAGGUGGCUUCUUUGCUGCCCUUCUUGACACCAGGCCAUCCUCAAAGUCUUCGCCUCACUGGGUGUGCAGAUGCACUCACACCUGCCUGCUGCCAUUCCUGAGCAAGCUCUGUACUGGUGGUGCCCCGAUCCCGCAGCUGAAUCAACUUUAGGAGACGGUCCUGGCGCUUGCUGGACUUUCUCGGGCGCCCUGAAGUCUUCUUCACAACAGUUGAACCUCUCUCCUUGAGGUUCUUGAUGAUCCGAUAAAAGGUUGAUUUAAGUGCAAUCUUACUGGCAGCAAUAUCCUUGCCUGUGAAGUCCUUUUUGUGCAAAAGAAUGAUGAGGGCACGUGUUUCCUGGCAGGUAUCCAUGAUUGACAGAGGAAGAACAAUGAUUCCAAGCACCACCCUCCUUUUGAAGCUUCCAGUCUGUCUGAACAAUAUUAAACCUCAUAAUGUGUAUAUAUUGUUAAUCUGUAGUCUAGGACCCUAUACAUGUAAGGAGGGAGGGGUCUUAUAAACCCUCCCCUUCUAUUAAUACAACAUAAGCAUAAUCAAUUAUAAUAAUAAUGCAUCAAACAUUUGGUACAGCCCCUAUCAUGACCUCUAGGUGAACCCCUUUCAACCCCCACACCAUAACACCUCCUCCAUACUUUACGGUGAGAAAUACACAUGCUGAGGUCAUCCGUGUCAGUCUCACACUGACACGGCAGUUGGAACUAAAAAUCUGAAAUUUGGACUCCAGACCAAAGGACAAAUUUCCACCGGUCUAAUGUCCAUUGCUCGUGUUUCUUGGCCAAGCAAGUCUCUCUUCUUAUUGGUGUCCUUUAGUAGUGGUUUCUUUGCAGCAUUUCAAUCAUGAAGGCCUAAUUCACACAGUCUUCUCUGAACAGUUGAUGUUGAGAUGUCUGUUACUUGAACUCUGUGAUACAUUUUAUUUGGGCUGCAAUUUCUGAGGCUGGUAACUCAAAUGAACUUAUCCUCUGCAGCAGAGGUAACUCUGUGUCUUCCAUUCCUGCGGCGGUCCUCAUAAGAGCCAGGUUCCUCAUAGGGCUUGAUUUGAUUUUGCGACUGCACUUGAAGAACUUUGAAAGUUCUUGAAAUGUUCCGUAUUGACUGACCAUUUCUUAGUCAUGGACUGUCGUUUCUCUUUGCUUAUUUGAGAUGUUCUUCCCAUGAUAUAGACUUAGCCCUAUUUGGUAAAAUACCAUCUUCUGCAUACACAGCUGAUUGGCUCAAACGCAUUAACUUUUCAGAAGGCACACCUGUUAAUUGAAAUUCAUUCCAGGUGACCACCUCAUGAAGCUGGUUUAGAGAAUGCCAACAGUGUGCAAAGCUGUCAUCAAGGCGAAGGGUGGCUAUUUGAAGAAUCUCAAAAUAUAAAAUAUAUUUAGAGUUGUUUAAAAAUGUUGGGUUAAUACAUGAUUCCGUAUGUGUUAUUUCAUAGUAUUGAUGUCUUUACUAUUAUUCGACAACGUAGAAAAUAGCAAAUUAAAGAAAAACCUUUGAAUGAGUAGGUGUUCUAAAACUUUUGACCUGUAGUGUAUAUAUAUAUAUUUUUGGACUAAAUCUAGCAAAACUGAAUAAGUUGUCGAAGUUGUUUUUAUGAUGACAAUUUGUAGACACUGCCCAAAUUGCAUGUGGGAAAAUAGUGUACUUUGAUUUGAGUUCAUAACAUGAUUGCUAUUUCAUAUGAAUUGGUUUUCGGAAAAACGUAUCCCCACCUAGUGAAUAUGACAUGUUUUAUGGAGUUUAAAUUACAUAGAUUUUGUUUUUAAAGAUUAAUAAGCAAUGAUUUAUAAGGUUUAUAAGAUGAAGCCAUACUAUGCUGGUGAAAUUGCACUAGAAUAUACACUAUGGUUAAUUAAUGAAAAUGUGAAGAUGAAAAAAACAAAAACUGGAAAAAAAACAAAGUGGAUCGCAGUCUUAAGUCCCUAACAACCCAACAUUUUACACUAACAUGUUUAUUUGUCCAUGCUGAAAAUAACAAAGUUUUCGUGCUGAACUUGUUUCACUUACGAAGCCAAAACGGUCACUUCAAUUGGAUACAGAACCAAACUGCACAUUUAUUACAUUUAAAUAGUUAUUUACCUUCUUACACAAGUGUAAACAAGUAAUACUGUAUACAGAUUUGAAUCCAUUUCAUAUCAGUAUUAUUAGCUAGCACAUCAAAUGUACAUGUUAACAUUGUACUGCAAGAUAAUUAACACUUUAAAAUAAUGUGCUCUUAAACCUGUGUAGUAACACUAAUUUCUUUAGUAAGAGCAUUUGCUAGGGUAUUAGGAUACAUAUAGUGCUUGAGCAAUUGAAUCUUAAUUCUGACCAAAAGGAGAAUAUAUAUAUAUAUAUAUAUAUAUAUAUAUAUAUAUAUAUAUAUAUAACCUUUUAUUUAACUAGGCAAGUCAGUUAAGGACAAAUUCUUAUUUACAAUGACGGCCUACCCCUGGCCAAAUCCGGACGAUGCUGGGCCAAUUGUGCACCGCCCUAUGGGACACCCAAUCACUGCCGGAUGUGAAGCAGGCUGGAUUCGAUUCAGAUACUGCAGUGAUUCCCCUUGCACUGAGAUGCAGUGUCUUAGACUGAGUGGCGUACUGUACAAGGAAAAUUUUUACUGAAUUUCCUGCAAAGCAAAGCCCAUUUAGGGAACGCUUACUAUUUCCAUGUAUUUUUAAGAAAGGUUAUAGUGUAAAUGGUCCUAUUUGUUUCAUACUCACAGUUAUGAUGUAUAUUUUGAGUCUGUGUCAGUUCACAAAUUAGUAUCAUUUUUGUUGUGGAGUGAAAUGGUUAUAUUUAAAUAAAAGAAAUGAAUGUC